UGUACUGACAGGAGAGAUACAAAGCCGAUAUAUGUUUAUGCAUGUAUGUGUGUAUGUAUCUGCAGUGCAUCUGUUACUGUGAAAAGGGGUCUUGACUCUUCGGUUUCUGAUUGGUGUAGUCACAAAAAUGGUUGGUGACAACAAUAACAACAGCAACAAGGAGAAGGAGAGAGACCUUGAGUUUUUGUUUGAUGAGAACGAUGAAGAUGUCAACGAAGGUGAACAACAGGAUAUUGAAGCUGAGAAGUUCGAGAGUGAGAGUAGCAGUGGUGAUGAGGGAAAUCAUACAACACAGCUUCAGUCUUUCAACUCUCAGCAAUGGCCUCAAAGUUACAAAGAGACUACAGAUUCUUACACAAUUGCUGCAUCUCCAUCAAUUCUACGAGGACCAAGUUUUCUUUAUUCUAGUUUUGGCAAUCAUUCAAAGAAUAACUUAGACAUAGAUGGAAAGACUCCUUUUCUAUCUGGUCAGGAAGGCAUCAGUCAAUCAUCAUGGUCGAAGAAAGCUUCAGUGCAAAGGCAUUGUACUGGUGAAUUGCCCAUUGGUUACGGAUGCAGCUUCACUCAAACAGUUUUCAAUGGGAUGAAUGUGAUGGCUGGAGUUGGCCUUCUGUCUACACCUUUUACAGUGAAAGAAGCUGGGUGGAUGAGCAUGGCGGUAAUGCUUCUUUUUGCAGUUAUUUGUUGUUAUACAGCCAACCUUAUGAGACACUGCUUUGAAACUAGAGAAGGAAUCACGAGCUACCCCGAUAUCGGAGAAGCUGCAUUUGGAAGAUUUGGCCGAAUUGUUGUAUCAAUCAUUUUGUACACUGAAUUAUAUGCAUGUUGUGUGGAAUUCAUCACCUUGGAAGGAGAUAACCUCACUAGUCUGUUUCCUGGAGCAUUCUUAGAUUUGGGUAGUUUCCGGUUAGAUUCUGUGCACUUGUUUGGAAUUUUGAGUGCACUUAUUAUUCUUCCUACAGUCUGGUUGAAGGAUCUUCGCGUAAUCUCUUAUCUAUCAGCUGGAGGGGUUGUUGCAACUUUCUUGAUUGUUAUCUGUGUGUUUUGUGUUGGGACAACAGAUAGUGUUGGAUUCCAUCACACAGGACAAUUGGUAAAUUGGAGUGGCAUUCCAUUUGCUAUUGGUAUCUAUGGGUUUUGCUAUGCAGGACAUUCAGUUUUUCCAAAUAUAUAUGAGUCUAUGGCUGACAAAAAACAAUUCACCAAAGCACUAAUAACAUGUGUUGUUUUGUGUAUUUUGAUAUAUGGAGGCGUUGCAAUCAUGGGAUUUCUCAUGUUUGGUGAUGACACUUUGUCUCAGAUAACAUUAAAUAUGCCACCAGGUGCAUUUGCUUCAAAAGUUGCAGUGUGGACAACAGUAAUCAACCCAUUCACUAAAUAUGCUUUGUUGAUGAACCCACUGGCAAGGAGUCUAGAGGAGUUGCUGCCAAAUAGAAUUUCAAAUACUUAUUGGUGUUUCAUUCUUCUUAGAACAGCACUUGUUGCAUCUACAGUUUGUGCUGCUUUUCUGAUUCCCUUUUUUGGGCUUGUGAUGGCAUUAAUUGGUUCGCUCUUCAGUAUACUUGUGUCAGUGAUAAUGCCAAGUUUAUGUUUUCUAAAAAUUGUGGGGAAAAAAGCUACAAAUACGCAGGUUGCACUGAGCGUCAUAAUUACUGCAUUGGGAAUCAUUUGUGGACUCCUUGGAACAUAUUCCUCUGUGUUGAAUAUUGUGGAUAGUUACUAAGACAUUUCUUCACUGGAUGGUUAUGAUGAAGUGCUAGCCCAGUGACAAAUGUAUCAGAUCAUGACAAGCACUGCAUUUGAAUAGUUGUGGUGAUAAGUAACACCUCCCCAACAGAAUACUUCUAGGUUCAAAUUUUUCUACUCUCAGCAAAUGCUCACUCUCUUUUGUACAAGAGGAGAUACUCAUUUUAAUUGUUUGGUCAUUGAUCUAUUAAUGAAUGACUAAAUUUUUUU